GGGCUAGGCCUGGCAUCUAAAACCUAACUUUGUAUAAAUAACAGCGACGUUCGGCUGCUAGGGUUUCGAAGACAGCAUUUUGCACAGCCGAGCAUCAAGCCACUCGAUUUCCGGCUAUCUGUGCCAUUAACCAUGGUGAACGUUCCAAAGACAAAGAAGACCUACUGCAAAUCCAAGGAGUGCAGAAAGCACACCUUGCAUAAGGUUACGCAAUACAAGAAGGGAAAAGACAGCUUAGCUGCUCAGGGCAAACGUCGAUAUGAUCGCAAGCAGUCAGGUUAUGGUGGACAGACCAAGCCUGUCUUCCACAAGAAGGCAAAAACAACAAAGAAGAUUGUGCUGAGAUUGCAAUGUCAGGGCUGCAAGCAUGUAUCCCAGCAUCCAAUUAAGAGGUGCAAGCAUUUUGAAAUUGGUGGAGACAAGAAAGGAAAGGGAACCUCUCUUUUCUAGGCGUGCUUUCAUGGAAACUGAAAUGCCUUUCAUACGUUUCGUUAUUGUUAACUUUACGUCUAGCAGACUGUUUUUACGAAAAUAUUAGCUGAAAAUUUGACAGAAUGUUGUGUCAGCUCUGAAUUUUGAUGGUCGAAAUAUGAUAAUUUUGGUACUACAAUUUGCAUAAAAUGGCCUAAUCAUGCAUCCAUGUGACUGGAAGACAUAAAGGAUGUUCAAAAUAUGGAAGAAGUGUUUCCACAGUUCUAUCA